GGUUCGGCGCUGUCACGCGUCGCCCGGCUCUGCGGGUGUGUCGCUGGGAGCGCUGGAGCACGUGGAGCGGCGCGAGGGAGCCCCCUGCGGGCGACUCGAGCAACUGACAGGUGAGGCGGAGAGGGAACGCGGAGCGCGAGCUCGGAGCGGCAGAGACGGGCGCAGUCCGUGGGGUCGCUGUAGAGGAGCUCACCGUGGAGAGCCACCCCACCCCACCUCGGGACCUCCUGGGCAGGAUCGGCGCUCCGGGGCCGAAUGAAGAGCUUUGUCGUUUUACCAAAUCAUGAAGAGACGGCGGAUUACGCUGGAUGCCGUCAGCCGUUCCGAGGGGGCCUGCAUGCGGUGUCACCCAGUAACUGGAGGGAAGCAGUAAGCCCCGGACGUCUGAUAGUUUAAGGCUGAAGAGUGGAGCACUGACGCUCUGCGCUCCUCCUUUCCCCACCACCACCAUCACUCCCGCCACCCGGUGUCGUAACCAAUGCUACAUUAUUUACAUCAUGGGAUGCGUCAAAUCGAAGCACGGCGGGCAGACCCCCGACGCGAGCUCGGUGGAGAAGGCGGGCAGCCGGCAGGAGAACCACGCCGGGGAGAAGGCGGUGCUGGUGAGCUCGGAGGUGGGCCCCGGACACGAUCGCCCGCCUGUGGACCCGGCUCUCCUGGACUACGCCGAGCGACUGUCCGAGGACAUCGUGGCCCGAGCGGUGCAGCAGUGGGCAGAACUGGACAGCCGUUAUAGCGACAUCCCCUACAUAGAGUGUGACGUGCCGUGAAGCCUGCCCCCCCAAACCCACCCUCACCCAUGUGUCUGAGCGGCGCGCGAGAGCAACGGCAGAGCAGUCCGUCUCGGCCUACGUCAGCGCCGGGGAAGCGCCGCUUCCUGGAGACGGUGGCGUGUCUCUGUCCUCAGGCCAAACUGCUGCUUCUCCUUUCUGUACCGCCUUUCCACUGUUUUACCAUGUUACGUAUGGUACUUCGGACUUCCAGCCAGUACUGGAAAACGUCACGCACGUGCGCGUAGCUGAGAAGAGGCGUGCGUCUCCUCCAGACCCGUGUGUCUCUUGCACGGCACUAAUGGGAGAAAGCGGGCUGAGUGGAUGUAGGGAUAUGGAUCUUUCUUGUGUGGAACGGCAGGGAAAAAGACAAUCUUGUUGGUAAUGCAAAUCCGCUCCGCUCAGCUGGCGUCCUCGUACCAGAACAGCUCAGUCUGACGAUGCUAUAAAUAAGCCCCUGCUUAUGACUCUAUGUGCUUGUCCAGGGCAGGGGUGCUGGAGCCCCCAGCCCCCAGCCAUCACCCUCAGCCUGCUGCAGCAUGGAGGAGAAUGGCCUGCGGUAAUGGGCCUUGCGGUUAACCACGAAGGGGCCUCUUCUCUCUGCUCACACUGUCCAGCCUAGAAAGUGCACAGGUUCCAGGAAGCCCGUGAUCAUUUAGGUCCUGCGAUUAAUCACGCGGCCGGACGGACCUAGUAAGAGGUACGGAUGGGACAACGCGAUGACGUGGAUGUCCGGGGUGAACAUGUAUGUCAAGGCCCUGUUGUACACAGUCAUUCGGUGUCACUCCAGUUGAUACAGAGGAGGAAUUAGACAACUUUCAGCCAAAUCUCAGUCCCCAUAUUUCAUGCAUUUAGGUUUACUGCACUACAUGGGGGGGGGGGGUUCUAUAUUAAACCUUACUGCCAUAUGCCUAUUAUAAUGUCUAGCACAAAAUACAUUUCCGAAAGGCCUUGAGAUUUCUGCUGAGGAAUUUAGGCAGUCUGAAAAUAGCUGCAGACGACUGCGGGAGACGCUCACCAGGGAUGCCUGAGUUGUUUAGUGUGCAAAGUCCUGGCGACUUUACCUGGACGGUAGUACAAGCGCAUUUAUCUCUCCUGCCUGGGCGAUUUAUCUAAUAAAGAAUCCGAAUGGCCGGUAUUUUGAAUUCAUUUAAAAGGGUGCUGAAAAGUUACUUGUUUUUUAACGCUCGUACAGCGUGUCACGUAAAGUCAGAAUAAGGACAUGGCAAUAAAACACGUGAGACGGCACUCGUGAGACUUCCACACGAGGAAUAUUUAACCCUGAUCCUGGGAAUGCCGCGUUCGGCAGGUUUUACAGCUCUCGUAUCAGCACAAAGAGCCGAGAUAACAAAAUAAACAGGUUCACAUGGGUACAGUAAAUUUAAAAAAAAAAAAAAAAAAAUCAGUUCGUUCGCUGUCAGACCCAGGGCUCGU